AGAAAAUUAUAUGCUUUUGUCUCCGGAGAAUUUGUUCUGUCGGGUUCUUACACUUUAUUAGAAUGCACCGGAAGUUAAAUAUCAAAAUGGCGAUCGCGUACAUAGAAACGUAUAAACUGCUGUUGAAAGAUUUGUGAUUUCUCUGCAAAGUUUUCAUUCUACAAUUACUUUGAAAGAGGAAUUGUAUGAUGUUAAGAACUAAUCAUGGCUGGGGAGAUGCACCAACUGGCUCAGACCAAGAUAGGAUGUGCCAUCAGGGAAGCAGAUCCUAGAAAACUAAAGUUGUUACUCCAGCAAGGAGAAGAUCCUCACUUUAAGGACAGGAAAGGGAAUACCUAUCUUCACUAUGUGAGCACGAUGAACCGGCCGUCCAUCUUCCAUAUUGUAGCAGCCACAGGAAUAGAUGUUAACCUUCAAAACAAACAUGGACACACUCCCCUGCAUGUCACAGCACUGCAGAAACAGAGCAGCCAUCUUGGGGACCUGAUGUGUUGGGGGGCUGACCCCUCUAUCCCAGGACUUGACAGGAAGACACCAGAAGAGGUGAACCAACAGGAUCAAUACUGGCAUCAUGUAUACGACAAAUACAAGCCAGGUAUCUUCCAAGCUGUCAAAGACCAUGAUGUGGAGAGAGUUAAUCAGCUGCUACAUUGCUGGUGUAAGAUGGACUCAGAAAGGAAUGGCCAGACUCUGCGUCAGUUUGCUGCUGCUCACAAACAUCAUGACAUUGUCAGUAUACUGGACCGACAUCGGGCCACCCUGGACGCCAUAUAUGGUGUCUUGGAACUGGACUACGAGAAACUUAAACGAGGAUUGAAAAAGACGAGAUGUGACGUAAAUUUCCUAAAUUUGGCUUCACAAAAACAGCACAUCCUGCAACAUGCCAUACAUCUGCGGGACUACAAACUCGUACAGAUGUUGUGUGAUGCCGGAGCUGAUGUCAAUGUCCAUGUCCGGUUAAAGAAUUAUUUCAGAGCUCCUCUCUUCUUUGAAGCCAUUUCACCUACAAUGCAGUCUGACAUUAUGUGGAAGGUUUUAAAGUCUAAUGCAAAUUUCCGCCUAAAAGAUGAGAGAGGUAGGAACGCCAUGCUGUACGCCUUAGACAGAGACAGGGGAUACAUGUCGCUAGAAAUCUUCCAGUUCAUCAUCGAAAAUGGCGGCAAUGUAGCAGAUAGAGAUGAGACUGGGGUAACCAUUAGAGACACCGCCAGGUUUGCUCGGCGACCAGACAUCAUCAACUAUAUUGAUAAGUGCUAUGUGAAGAUGAUACGAACCAGUGACAUGGACAGCUUAGAGAGUCUGGCUACACACGGUUAUGAUAGUAUGCUGAUCACUUACAACGGAUGGAUUAACUACAGGGACUCCUACAUCUAUGCUGCAGGCAACGAGACAGAUGACGUUCUCAAAUUCAUCGAGUGGCUGCCCACAUUUCAGAGUGAGGUCAGGUCUCUACAGCACAGUAUACAACAUGACACUGUAUCUUCUGUAAGGGAAAUCGUGGAGUCGUGUCAGAAACCAGACAUGCUCGUCAACUGCAGAGAUAAGGCAAUGAGGACUCCAUUGAUCCUAGCCUGCCUAUUUGCCCGCGAGGACAUCGUGAAGUACCUGAUAGACUUACCAAGAGUCGAUGUAAACAGCACGGAUUGUUGUGACAGAAGCUGUUUACAUUAUUCCUACCUGCUGGGAGUAGAUGGUGAUUCAAUACGAGACCUCCUUAUAUCAGCUGGGAUAGACACCGCUCAGAGGGACACAAAUGGGAGUCUGGCACAAGACUACGCCAAAAUCACGAAAAAAGAGGAAUGGCUUGAAAAUGAGAUACAUCCGGCAAAAUAUGGCAUGGAACUAGAAUUACUCUGUGUGGAUAAGUAUGAGGAGUUGUACAAACUGAUCCGUGGAAAAAGAAAGGGAUUGAGGGAAUUCGCAGAAAGUGUCAAAUACUUUCCAUUCCCAAUUUCAACAUUUCCCAAAGUACUUGGCCCACUGAUGCCUGGAUUCAGGGAUCUCAUCUUCCUGGCUAUUGAUUAUAGAAAGGAGGAUAUCUGCCUCCGACUGGCCGAUAUUGGGGCCGACCUCUUCAGAAAGGAAAAGUAUGCCGUGAAGAACGACGCGGGAGAGGAAGAGUCUGUUUACAUGACGGCAGCUGAGAGAGCCUGCGAUCUUGGCAUGACCGACACAGCUACGGUAUUGUCACGGAAACAAGAGUUCCGACGUAACCAGAAAAAGACACUUUUACCCAAACGAAUUCAUAGCCGUUUUCAGAAAGCCAUAGCUCUGAAACCUGUUCUCUUUAGAUCAAUCUACCUUGGGUGACCAGAACUUUUCUAAAACAUGUUUUAUCGAAGAUGUUUGAGUAUUGGUGACAAAGACUGUUUGUUGUGUUGUUCACCUGAAUGUUGUUUGUUAUCACUUAGUAAAUACAGUAUACUGGGUAAUUUAACUGUGAUAUUUAUCCAGCAAUAAGCCAAAUUCCUAUAGUAAUAAUUUAGCAUUUGUGCAUAUUGCUAUCUAUGUCCCAGUGAAAUAUUAUUUUGUUGUAUUGUAAUAAUUAAGUCGCCUUCUAAUUUGAGACAUAUCAUAUACAUGUAGGUUGGUCAUAUCUGCUUGUAAAGGUAUAAAGUUUUAAUCAUGUAAUUGCCUCCGAACUCCAACAGAAGUAAGGGGAAACAACUCUUCAUGAGAUAUCUGGAUGGCUGUCUCUUAAACAUUAUUAUUUAUUAAAUGGGAAGAAAUAUAUUUCUAUAUUAUGCAAUUUUUUUGUCAAAACUUUGAAAUGUAUGUCCAAUGAAGCUAAUAAAUUACAAACAGAACCUAGUCUAAUUUCCAAGCCCUACUGUAUUGCAUUUUUUAUGACAUAUAUCCAUGUAAUGUUCCUUUUUGUGAAAAAUAAAAAAAACCAGCAUUAUUGUCUCAGAUACUGAGGCAUUUUGGUUCAAAUUUAGCGCAAUACGUCCCUAUUAUACAUGUACUUGAACAUAGUAUGAUGUUAAUUACCUUUUCUUACUUUACUCCCGACGAAUUCUUACUGUGAUAUAAGCUUUUUCCUCAAGUGCCUCUCUUUACCUUUAUUUUGACUAGAUAUUUUUAAAAUGUGAGGAAACAGAUACUGAUUUACGGACUUUACUUUUACUACUGUCAUAACCAGUCUAUUGUUCGUUUCAAUUAACUAGAGAGUAGAUAUAUACAUGUAUGUUUGGAGGGAGAUUUUUAUUGUCAAUAAACUAGAUAGUAGAUCUGUAUGUUUGAUGGGAGACACUGCUAGAGUACCUAAUUGAUAUUAAUACGUUUUUGAGAGGUCAGAAAGGCUGAUCUGUCCAUAUACAUACACAUUGCUUUACAUGAGAGUACCGGUAUAUCCCGAUCCGAAGUUAUUCAUGCCAUAUAUUUUUCUGCUUCACACAUUGCCAUGUUGAAGAUUGUAGAAAAUAAAUAUUUUUUCAAAAUUG